UAUUGAGAUGGCAAUGUUAUUGGGCUUGAUUCGGAUUACAUUUCUGACAUAUUCGCCACCACACAGGUCUACCUAACGACCGGCGUCCAAUCUAACACGAGUUGCAAUGGCUUCAUCCGGCCUAUAUUCCGUGUAGGUUUCCCCGGAAUGUGCCUGAGCGAUGCCGGGAACGGCCUGAGAAAUACCGAUUUUGUCAGCAGUUGGCCGAGCGGUCUCCAUGUUGGUGCCAGCUGGAACAAGUCGCUUGCACACCAGCGAGGCACCGGUAUGGGCAGCGAGUUCAAGAAAAAGGGGGUGAAUGUUCUCCUUGGGCCCGUUGUUGGGCCGAUGGGCCGCGUGGUGUUAAGUGGUCGUAACUGGGAAGGUUUCUCUUCCGAUCCAUAUCUCUCAGGGGCUCUUGUUUACGAAACGGUUGAGGCGGUUCAAGACGUUGGUGUUAUCACCAGCGUUAAGCAUUAUAUUGCCAAUGAACAAGAGUCAAACCGGAUGCCUGCCAAUGGCAUGGAGUCCGUGUCAUCUAAUAUUGACGACAAAACGAUGCAUGAGUUCUAUCUCUGGCCUUUCCAGGAUUCCCUCCGUGCCGGUACAGGUAACAUCAUGUGCUCAUAUAACCGACUUAACAACUCGUAUGGCUGCGCAAAUAGCAAGUCCCUCAACGGCUUGCUCAAGACAGAACUCGGUUUCGAGGGGUUUGUGGUCUCUGACUGGAAUGCCCAGCAUGCUGGUGUUGCCACGGCUUUGGUAGGCUUGGACAUGGCCAUGCCGGAAAGCGUUGACUACUGGGGAUCUAAGCUUGUGGAUGCUGUCAAGAAUGGAUCGGUUCCUGAAUCCCGAGUUGAUGACAUGGCAACGAGAAUCAUUGCAUCUUGGUACAAGAUGGGUCAGGACAAAGACUUUCCUACACCCGGUAUCGGCAUGUCCAGCGAUCUUACGAAACCUCACAGCAUAGUUGACGCCAGAAACUCAACGUUCCGUUCCACGCUAUUUGACGGCGCAGUUGAGGGUCAUGUCCUCGUGAAGAACACGCGCAAUGCACUACCCCUGAGCAAGCCCAAAAUGCUAUCUGUCUUUGGGUACUCCGCCAAGAACCCCGACCACAAUGGUCCAACAAUUGGUUCAUCUGCGUGGGUGUUCGGGGCAGAAUCAUUCAACUACGACGAGUUUAGCAACGGAUUCUUCGGCAGCGCCGCCGUAGGUAACACCCCCAUCGCCUUCAACGGCACGCUCUACUCCGGCGGUGGAUCAGGCGCCACCUCCCAAUCCCUCGCCGUCUCCCCCUUCGAAGCCAUCGUCCACCGCGCCUACGAAGACGGCACCGCGCUCUUCUGGGACUUCCACAACGGCAGCCCCGCCGUCGAUCCUGCCUCAGACGCCUGCCUCGUCAUCGGCAACGCCUACGCAACCGAGGGCGCCGAUCGCCCCGGCGCGCGCGACGACUACACCGACGGGCUCAUCAAGCACGUCGCCGACCAGUGCAACAACACCAUCGUCGUCUUUCACAACGCCGGCAUUCGCCUCGUCGACCAGUUCAUCGACCACCCCAAUGUCACCGCCCUCAUCUUCGCCCACCUCCCCGGCGAGGCAUCCGGCAAGGCGCUCGUCUCGCUGCUCUACGGCGACGCAAACCCCUCCGGCAAGCUGCCCUACACCGUCGCCCGCAACGAGUCCGACUAUGCCGUGCUUGGACCAGAUCUCCCCGACGCAGGCAUGUUCCGCAAGUUCCCCCAGAGCAACUUCUCUGAAGGCGUGUUUCUUGACUAUCGCCAUUUCGAUGCCAAAAACAUCACGCCGCGCUACGAGUUCGGCUUUGGCUUGAGCUACACCACUUUUUCGUAUGGUAACCUCUCCGUUGAGCAAGUCGAUGAUGCGAAUACGGGCGAGUACCCCACUGGCGAGGUCCGCGAGGGAGGGCAGAUCGACCUGUGGGAUGUGCUUGUCCGUGUAAAGGCUGAGGUCACCAAUACGGGCGGUCGUGACGGGGCUGAGGUUGCGCAGCUUUAUGUUGGGAUUCCGGAGGAGGGGGCGCCGGUGAGGCAGCUGAGAGGGUUUGACAAGGUGUUUGUGAGUGCUGCGGGGACGGAGACGGUCGAGUUUGAGUUGCCGAGGAGGGAUUUGAGCGUGUGGGAUACGGUGAGGCAGAAGUGGAGGCUGAAGAAGGGUGGGAAGUACGUGGUUGAGGUUGGCGGGAGUAGUAGGGAUUUGCCGCUCAAGGGUACGGUGGAGAUUUGAGCAUGUACUUGUAGUAAUCACCGAAUGGAUGAAAGAAAGCUGAUGUGGUGUGCACGUUUUGCCUCUGCAUGUUAAUAGUAAGAUAGCUCUAUGGACAGUACUUGCC